AUGGGGCGGAUUCUUAAGCCUUUAAUAGUUACUUUGGUAGCUACUUCAGGAAUGGCAGGGCUAGUUUACUCGUUUUAUACUUAUGAGGAAAGCAAAGGUAGUUGCUAAAUAGUCUAUCCAAAGAUUGAGGGAAUGCCUAUGAAAGAUAAAUUGAACGAAUCGAAAAGGAUUGAGAUCGAAGUUCAUGAUUUCAGGAAAAAAUGAAAAGAGCAUGGAGGGAGGAUUUUGAAAAGCUAUAGAGAGGAGAGUAAAAAGUUUAAAGAAAAUUUGGAGAAUCAAGAUAUGGAUAUGCCUGCUGAAGGGAAAGUUAUUUUGGAUAUCAUCAAUGACAAUAAAUUAGAAUAA